GUGUUUCUAAUAUCCAUUAGUACAAGUUUUGCAAAAGUAGCUACCAAGCGUCGUAAUCCAAGGCCUGAUGAAAUAGAAAGAGUUAUUAAUGAGACACACUCAAUCAUGUGGAAUUGUAAAGGGAUUGAAUGUCAUCCAGCUUUUGGACUAAAUGUACACUGUGGGACUAGCAUACCAAUCAGCAUGAAGAUUAAGUGUGUCCAUUGUGUGGAAGGAUUGAAUUUCUCAGAAACUAAUGAUUAUUCCACCUGUAAACGUUGCAUGAUGUGUGACAAGCAUGAGAAAAAAACUGGAAAGUGCACCUCGGAAGAGGAUACCACAGUUUGUUUAGGGGUCUGCCACAAAGGAUUUUAUAUGGAUUUGAUCAGUGGUGAAUGUCAUCCAUGCAGUGACUGUUGUGGGCAAAGUGACAAAUAUCAUGAAAAACAGUGUGAGGACUCUGGAUUUCCUAGUAGCAAACAAUGCAGGGAACAUAAUUUAAAUUGUCCUGAAACACCUCCCAAAAGCACUGCUGAAAGCAACAACAAUGACAAAGACCAGGGAGGUCUUGAGGCUUGGGAAAUUGUAGUUAUUGUGCUUGGAACAAUUUUAUCUUUAGCUAUUGUCAUUUUUGUGAUCCUUAGUACGGUCUAUGGCUGGCAUGUGAUCAAAGAUACCCUGAUGAGUUGGUUUUGUUAUUGCUGCCAUCUUGGAGCAUCAGAUGGGCAUGGAAACACAAUGUAUUUUGAUCCAGCAGAUGGCCAAAUACAGAGAUCCGAGCAUGACCCUGAACUAGGCACAGGGAAGAGUGAACAGAAUUUCUCAGGUAAAGACUUGUUAAUUAAAUUUGAUUUUAUUAUUAUUUGUAAUUAAUUGUUUAAUUAUGCACCAUCUGUUCUCUAUACAAUGACCUCAUUUGCAAGCUCACUUAACUCAUUGGAAAUGCAUUGCAUAUUCACAAGUUAUUGUGGGCAUUUGAUGUGCAUAUCAGUUCGGUAUUCUGAGGUGACAUACAUGUACUUUGAUUUUUUUCUUAAUGUAGAAGCAUUUGAAUUAGGCUCAGAAAUCAAAUCUCUUUGAAAUGAAGGGGAAGAAAUUGUGCCUUAAUUGGUUUAAUACCAGUUGUCAAAGAAACAUUAAAUGUUGUUUUCUUUUUCUAAAUUAUGUAUUGAAAUUUGUUCUAACAGGAAAAAUUGGAAUACAUUUCCAUUUUUUUACCAAUGACAUAAGGCAAAUAAGUCUAAUUUUGUUACAAAGGAAAUCACACACAAUAGAAUAGGCCAAAUUCACUGCCUUUCAGAUUCAUCUCCAGUUUACUAGGGGAGCAAGUGUUGAAUAUUUUUUGCAAGAGUUCUAUUGGUUAGUGGUUAGAGUUAAAAGAUGAUAGUGAGUGGAGAAAGGAAAUAAAGUAUACACAUUUUUUCUCAGCCUUUUUUCAAAUUUUUUUUGUCACUAGCACCUCCCUUAGUAUCCAAUUUCACUCCCUGCAGAACUUUUUCAAUCUUGAAAUAAUUUGCUUCACGUUUUUUUUUUCCAGAAACUCGAGAGAGGACUUCUGAGUCAGAGUUAUUAGACUCACUAGUUCAUCAGCAAAUGCAGUCUCAGCCUCCAGCUGAAACAAAGGAAACCCAAAGAGGAUUUACCCGCUCAUUUUCACAUCCAGGGGUUCUUAAUACCAAGGUCCAAAAGGGAACAUUAAAUUCCAAUCGUAUCCAGUGUGUUGGAAGUCCAAAACCUAACAAACCAUCAAGAAUUGGAUACAGUAAGUUCUUUGUCACAUUUUUGAUUGAAACUUUAUCAUUUGAUUUUUUAGAGAUGAAGAGCAUGAUUAUAUGGAUUAUAUGAUUAUGGAGUGCACGUAAAGGUAAAUUUAGAUAAUGUUGUUAAUUCAGUGAGAUCUAUGAUUGACAAUGAUGUCAUGAUGGCCAUGCACAUACUGCAUCAUUAAUUUGGUAUAAUUCUUUUUUAUAGUUUAAUUGGAUAAAAAUGACUUCUUCCCUAGAGACUCUGACACAUGGAAGAAACUUUCAAUGUUGUUUAUGUAAAAUAUUUAGACAACUUCUUUAUGUUUUUAUUUUUUUAUUAUUUCUACAGGUCUAGUAGCAUCAACUGAGCUUUCAGAUGAGGAUGUUUUCAACAGGAAUUCCUCAGAAUCCAUUAAUGCCAGGUGUCAACCAAGGAAGCCAGAAAGUGUGUAAUUUGUGAGAAUUAGCAGUAUUGCUUAUAGUCAUGUACUUUGGAAAAUAGAUCAAGUUCUUUGGGUUUGUGCCAUUUGGCUUGUGCUAUGAAUUUCCCUUACUGUUGUUUUAAGGUUAGAAAGCACUAUCCACUGGAUAAAACUCUAUACAGUGGAUAAUGUUCUACAGUGGAUAAACUCUAUAGGGUUGAUAAUGCUAUGCAUUUUGCUUUCAAUUUAACCAUUGGAUAGCAUUAUCUGACCUUUAUACAACUGGGCCCUGCAUGGCAUAUAUUGUAGACAUUGUACUUAUUAAGUAACAUUUCAGAUUUUUAAUCUUGUUAAUUCAUGUCAGUUACUUUUCUUGUUGUGAUUGCCAUUAAGGGGCUACACCAGGCAGGAAGCUUUAUGUUAGUUUAUAUCCAAAAGCUUGUCAAUUGAUGCUAAUUAAAUCAUUUUGUACAACAUAAAUAGAAAACGAAUGACAUUAUUACAUUUUGUGAUGUUUUAUUCCCAUGCAGCCAGGUUGGCUUGUCAUUUUUACUGUUUUUAGCAGGAUACUUCAUUCUCACAAUGCAUCUUCCACCCAGAGCAGACCAGUGCACAGGGAAACAAGUGACCUUUCAACUGAUUUCUAUUCUAACAGGUUAUGUUCCUUAUCAAUUUAAUAGGAUUAGCAAAACCAUCUGUGAAAACUCAGCAUACUUCAACCACUGGCCUCUACCUAAAUGAGGCAAAUGGAACCUCACUGAGUGGCAUUCCACAGGAUUUCCAGAACAGCCUCCUAAGCAAAAAAAUGUCUGCUUUCCCAUUGACAUUUCAUUCAAGGAUGUGUGCAAAGCUUAAUUUAAAGCAAUUGGCUUUUGAUGACUUCCGCCUUCUUGGAGAAGAGAUUGGAUUGCCCAGAGAUUAUACUGAGUGGCUUGGCCAGUUUGACAACCCAACUCAUCUAAUGAUAAUAAAGUUUUAUAAUUCUCAGGAGGGUAGCUGUGUUGCUAAAUUUCGGGGAAUACUUGAGGGAAUGAAAAGAAGUGAUGUUGUCGAUGUAAUUGAUGAGUGGGUUAAGGAUGAAUGGUUGAAA